UGACGCUGCAUCAUUUUAGCAGCGCGUCAGUAAAGAAGAUGCGUCGUGUUGUGUUGCUGGCGUUCAUCGUGCUCUGCGCCUUAAGUGCACUAGCAGAGAAGAGUAAAGGGAAGGACAAGUACGCGGGAAAAACAAAGGCAUGCGGGCCAAGGGUGUUUUCCGGCCUGGAAAAUUGCUGUGCAAUGCCCAAGCUGUUGAGUUUUGAAAGCUUCAAAAACUGUAGCAAUGGGUCGAUUUCAGACGAAGCAUUAAAGAAAGCGGCCUUCAGCGCCACGCUCAAGAAGCACCGAAAGACCAGAGAGGUUUCGGGCGAUUCAAAGAAGCAGAAGAUUAAAGUGGGACGCCGGAGCUCAGGCCCCAAAGAGGGCCCAAUGUGCUUUAUGAAAUGCGUCUUUGAGAGAGAGGGAUUGCUCAAUGCUGAUCAAACAGUGAAGUAUGAAGCUAUGCGUGACAAAUACAUCAGCAACGCCAAUGCCACGUGGAAAGAUCAAGUCGAGAAAGCAGUCAAAACGUGUUGGGAUGAAUUCCAGAAAGUUGACAUGUCUGGAGCCCAACCGCUGCCAGAUGAUUAUAAAGUGUGCAAAGGAGAUGCUGCCAUGAUGGGUCUCUGCGUCCGCAGAAAUCUUGGCCUUAAUUGCAUUGAUUCUAUGAAAAUAAAUGGUGAAGGUUGCACAAAGAAAUUGGAGAAACUGCAGGAGUGUGAUCCAUUCGCUAUUCCUCCUCUCAAAUCUGACGAAAAGAAUGAUGCGAAAGGAAGUUCACAGAGCAAUAAAGAUGGAAAGAAGUCCGCAAAGCAAAAUGAAGGAAAAGGUGGCAAGGGAAAGAAUGGAAGCGGGUAAAGCAAUCCAGAGGGGUUCAAUUUUACUCAUCUGUGAUUAUUUUGAUUCCACUCUUGAAUAAAGAUUUUUAAUUGG